UUUCUAAUAUAUUUUAUAUAAAGCAUUCAGUGUAACGAUAUGCUGCUAAAAAUACCGGAGUAUUUGUUUUGGAUGUUCUUCUGGAAUACUUUUACGGAUGCUGCGAAGUAUCCGGUGGUUUUGUGGCAUGGCAUGGGCGAUACUUGUUGCUUUCCCUUUAGCGUGGGUAGCAUUACAAAUCUAUUGAAAACCAAGCUGAAUAACACGUACGUGAAAUCGCUUGAGAUCGGUGGUAAUAUUGUUACGGAUUAUGAGAGCGGCUUUUUUAUACAUCCCAAUAAACAAGUGGAAUAUGUUUGCCAGGAAUUAGCUAAAGAUAAAAAACUUACCGGAGGUUAUAAUGCUAUCGGGUUUAGCCAAGGGGGACAGUUUUUACGUGCUGUAGCCCAAAGAUGUCCGAAACCAGCUAUGAAGGUUCUUAUUUCUUUAGGUGGUCAACAUCAAGGUGUUUUUGGCUUACCAAAAUGUCCCUCUUUGAAACUACACACUUGUGAAUAUAUACGACGAUUGCUAAAUUAUGCUGCUUAUGAAGAGUGGACUCAACAAUUUUCUGUUCAAGCCACUUAUUGGCAUGAUCCCUUUCAAGAAGAUAAGUACGAGGCUCAUAGCACCUUCCUCGCUGACAUUAACAAUGAGGUAUUUUCCAAUGGUUUAUAUGCGGACAAUCUAAAAAAACUGGAUAAAUUUGUUAUGGUCAAAUUUCUAAACGAUACAAUUGUUCAACCUUUAGAAUCUCAGUGGUUCCAAUUUUAUAAAGCAAACCAAGACCGAGAAAUAUUGCCGCUGGAAUCUAGUAAAGUUUACACCACGUUGGGCUUGGUUGGAAUGGAAAAACAAAACAAAUUGGUUUUUAUAGAAACGGAAGGUGAUCAUUUACAAUUCCGAAAGGAAUGGUUUUUAAAGCAUAUAAUACCGUUUUUGAGCGAAGAAGCAGAUUGAUCAAUAUUAAAUUUAACUUCAUGUUUUGUUUGGCAGUCGAAAGUGAAAUCAGCAAAGUGCACAUAAAUAAAAGAUGUUUAACAA